AUGUGGGAGAUUUCGGCUCUGGAAUUAGGGGUGGAGAGUUCUAUGGGGUCGAGAGAUUCUGCGUGCCAAAGGAGGGAGCACCUGAGCUUGCCCAGAUAUGGGGCACAAGAGAAAGAAGGAGGAGUGAGCCUUAAAAGCCAUGUGCAGCUUCGUCUGCUGCUCCUAGUGCUGUUUGUGUGCGGACCUGGUGAAGCAGCAGCUGAGGAGACGCAGGAGCUCUCCACGGCUGAGGAAGAGCCUGAGGAAGGAGUCAAGACUGAGAACAAUGAUCCUAUUAAUUUGAAGGUGGCAGAGCAGGGUGGUCCUGUGAGGCAGUUUAAGAUUAAGAGGCAUACACCACUUCAUAAACUAAUGAAAGCCUGUUGUGAAUGGCAGGGUUUGUCAACGAGGCAGAUCAGAUUCCAAUUUGAUGGGGAGCCAAUCAAUGAAACAAGCACACCUGCUCAGUUGGAAAUGGAGGCUGAAGAUACAAUUGAUGUGUUCCAGCAGCAGACAAGAGGUGUCUACUAAAAAAGGAACCUGCUGUGGCUUAGCGGGUAAGUGCGCGCGCUCUGCUGCUGGCAGCCGGGGUUCGGAUCCCCGGCGCGCACC